AAAGAAAAAAAAAAAGUGAUUUGAAAUUGGCUCCGCGGCUUCGGCGCAUGCGCACUUGGGUGGCGUGCUAGCUUCUCCGGAGCAGCUGUUUUGGGUUUGAAAUUCCAACAUGGCAGAGGCUGUAGUCAGUCUUCCCUUCAGAAACUUGGAAUGAUUUCAAAUCGCAGGCAUCCUCACUUAACCCGAGUACCCAUUCAUCAGCAAACACAUCGGAUCGAUGUUAUUCUAACAUCCAGGGCUGCCUUGCCGCACAUUCAGGUUAAAUGAAUACCUGACGAAAAGGGCCCACGUUUCAAGGCAGUGAAAUCUGAUAGCUGAGAGGAAAAGUGGCUUUAAUGAAAAGCAACCUUUGGAAUUCCUGCUUGAGAAAAUUCCGAUUCAGCUUUUUUUGUUAUUGCAGCAAGAAAUGAUCAGUAGCACCAGUGUUUAUGGCUUAAAGAUGCAGUGGACCCCAGAACAUGCUCAGUGGGCAGAACAGCACUUUGACAUCACCUCCACCACCCGCUCACCUGCACACAAGGCAGAGGCAUACAGGGGCCACUUACAGCGAACCUACCAGUACGCCUGGGCCAAUGAUGACAUUUCUGCACUGACUGCUUCCAACCUGCUGAAAAAGUACGCCGAGAAGUACUCUGGCAUCUUAGAAGGUCCAAAUGAAAGGGUGGUCUUGAGUGCUUAUGCAGAAGCAGGCCCAGGGCUGGUGAAUGGAAGGAAGAACGACGAUUCCUGGCAGCCAGCUCUCAACUCUGAUGGCGUCUAUUCCAUGAACUGCGUGCCAGAUGUGAUUUCCGCAAGUAAACCUGGAGUGGCAGCGGCUCUGCCUCCGGCAGAUGUGUCUGCCAGCAUUGGCAGCUCUCCUGGGGUGGCUAGCAAUCUCACUGAGCCCAGCUAUUCGAGCAGCACCUGUGGAAGCCACCCUGUAGCCGGUCUUCAUUCUGGACUCCCAUCUCAGGAAUAUGCAACAGGUUACAAUGGCUCCUACCUGCAUUCGAGUUACAGUAGUCAGUCGGCUUCUGCACUUUCCUCCCCACACCCAUCCCCUUUGCACAGCGCGGGGCUUUUACAGCCCCCUCCUCCGCCCCCCCCUCCCUCCUUGGUGCCAGGCUACAACGCAGGCUCCCCCAACAUUUCAAGUUAUAAUUACACCCCAGCCGGUUACCCUUCUCAGACUGGUGUUGGCCCUGGCUAUAGCCCCAGUGGGGCACCCCCUCCAUCUGCUUACUUACCAUCAGGUAUCCCUGCUCCCACUCCUCUGCCUCCCACUACGGUUCCCAGCUAUUCCUAUCAAACUCACAGCCUUGCACCAAUUGCACCAACACCUCUGAACAGCAGCUCAGCCAAUUCCCUGAAGAGAAAAGCUUUUUAUAUGACUGGGCAAGGAGAAAUGGACUCCAGCUACGGAAAUUUUAACUACAGUCAACAGCGCUCCACACAAAGCCCUAUGUACAGGAUGCCCGAUAAUAGCGUUUCUAACGCUAGUCGUGGAAAUGGAUUUGAUAGAAGUGGUGAUGCCUCAUCUUUAGCAUUUAAACCUACGAAACAGUUGAUGUCUUCGGAACAGCAACGUAAGUUCAACAGUCAGCCAAGCAGAUCGCUCACGCCGCCAUCCUAUAGCUCAGCGAAAAACUCUUUGGGAGGAUCACGAUCGGGUGAGCCGUUUGGGAAAUUUAGUUCGCCCAUAAUGGGAGAGCCAAGUGAAGAGCACAGACAGCAUCUCUCCCACCCAGCGCAAGGACCAGGAAUCCGCACAGCUACCUCAUCCACCUGUCCUGCAGAUGAACAGCUGAAGAACACCGAUCAACACCUCGUUGAACUUGUCACCAAUGAGAUUGUCAGCCAGGCACCGCCGGUGGACUGGAGUGACAUUGCUGGGCUAGAACUGGCUAAAGCCACAAUCAAAGAGGAGGUCCUUUGGCCAAUGCUUAGGCCCGAUGUGUUUAGUGGACUCACUGCGUUACCUCGGAGUAUUCUUUUCUUUGGGCCUCAGGGAACAGGUAAAAUGUUACUGGGAAGAUGUAUAGCCAGUCAGCUGGGUGCUACCUUUUUUCGGCUCAGCGGCUCAGCUCUGGUGACAAAGUGGUUAGGAGAAGGAGAGAAAAUCGUUCACACUUCGUUUCUUAUAGCACGAUGUCGACAACCCUCUGUGAUUUUCGUCAGCGAAAUUGACAUGUUGCUUUCGUCGCAAGUGAGUGAGGAAAGCCCAGUGAACAGAAUUAAGACGGAGCUCUUGAUGCAGUUGGACAGUGUGCUAACCUCUGCUGAGGACCAGAUUGUGGUCAUCUGCUCAACCAGUAAACCCGAGGAAAUAGAUGAGUCAGUGAGACGAUAUUUCAUGAAGAGACUUCUCAUCCCCUUACCAGACAGCACAGCAAGGCACCAGAUAAUCAUUCAGCUGCUCUCACAGCACAACUAUUGCCUCAAUGACAAAGAGGUUGCACUGCUUGUCCAGCGAACGGAGGGAUUUUCUGGACUUGACGUAACACGCUUGUGUCAAGAAGCUGCCGUGGGGCCCCUUCAUACCAUGCAGGGCCCUGAUCUUUCAGCCAUUAUGCCUAGUCAGUUGAGGCCAGUCACUUACCCAGACUUUGAAAACGUUUUUUGCAAAAUACAGCCUAGCAUAUCCCAGAAAGAACUUGACACGUACACUGAAUGGAACAAAAUGUUUGGCUGCAGCCAAUGAAAAGUGAGCCAAAAAAAACCUUGCGGGCACGUGAACCUGUAAGACAAAAAGGGGAGGGUUCGGGUGGGAAAGGGGGGAAUCAUGGGGGUAAACAAAAAAGAAAAAGAAGAGAAGAAAAAUGUCAGAAAUAAUGCCGCCUUUUUUGUAGUGACACAGAGCAGCAAAGAGCUCUAAAGGCGGAGUGGGUCGAGGUCCACACGGACGCAAAGGAAAGAGUGCAGAAAGCGAGGACUUGUUGGUCUGCAAGCAGCAAAUUCUGAAGGCCUGCCUUGACACUUGAUUCUAUUGAAGCCAGGCGUCACUCACAACGGUGCAUGUGGGUUGACUUCAAGAGGACACAGACCUGUGUGCGUGUGUGUGUAUCAUUUUGCUGUUCCUGAGAUUUAGUUGCUAUCAAGUGCCUGAAGUGGUGCUUUAUUUUAUUAUUUUUCUUUUUAAUUUUAUUAUUAUAAUUUGUGUUUUGCCUCACAAUCUACAUUGGUGGCAUGUGCUAAUAUAAAGAGCUUUAACUUCAAAUAUUAUGGGACUGAGAAUGAGGAAGGCAUUGUUGAUUAGAGACAAAGGUGG